UUUUGUCCUGGAAAGAGAUAGCAUAUUUAUUUAAACAGUAAAAUAGGGCAAUAAAAUGUUAUCUUCAUCGGAAUGAUCCUUUGUUCUAUAUAGUGUAAUACACCGAUGCAUGAUUUAAGGUCACUUUCUACCGCCUUUGAAGAGAGGAACUUAUGUGUCGCAUUAACACUAAUCUUUAGUUAACCAACUUCUUAAACCAACCUUAAUCUGAUUGACACGUGACUCAUCUGUCUCCUUUCACCUUUUUGGAAUACUUAACAAAGUAAUCUUACGUUGUUUUCAUUAGAGUGCAAGUAACCCAUGUUUAACUACCUUUUAAUUUUCAAGGGUAGAAAAUUAUUUUUAAUUUAUUUUACUUUGACUAUUUGAGUUUUGACUAGAAAAUUAAAGUAAAACAAGCUAGUACAUAGGAUACACGUGUGAGAGGUUUCAUACGUGGCAUGGGGUCCAUUGUUUUUCAUGUUUUUUCAUGGGUCUAAAGUGGGGCCCACUUUGGUUGGGGGUGUUUAAUGUUAAUAUCUUUGUCACUGACAAUAAGUAGUUAAUUGACAUGUUUGAUGAUGGCUACUAUUUCCUGUACUAAGACAGUUAAUUUGCCAAUUGGAUCGUUGCCGUUUUUGGUUUUUGGUUCAUGUUUUAACUUAUUUCAUAUCGGACAUGGUUACGUGUUUAAGUGUCAGACUUGAUUAUGCUAAAAAAAAACUUUAUUUUAAUGUUUUUAAUCUAUUAUGUAGGGUUGAAUUAUUAAAGGGCCGGUCUACAAAUAUGAAAGGAUAAGAUGACAUAAAUGCUUGAAGUAAAAUUAAGAAUUCGAGUAACAUAAAUACAAUCAGCAUUAAUUCUGCUAGAAUGGACAAUGACCUUGGUUGGUACAUGGUAAUAGUACCAACUAAUAUAAAUGGAAUUUACAAAUGACUAACACUAGUUAAAUUAGGCAGUUAGCUAAUUGCGCGCCAAACAAAGGGUACAUGCAAUGACAUCCUCGAAAUGACUAAUAUUCAAUUCUUUCUAGAUAAUUGAAUGAAACCUCAAACACGUCCUCUUAACGAGUCUUUUACUAUAGUACGGCCCACAGAAUUAUAGUUUUAAGUUAAAGGUAUCACGUAAGAUACUAUGGGCAAGAUAAAAUUUAAAGAAACAGAGAAUGUAACUACUUUGCAAUUUUUUCAUUAGUGUAAAUAAGUAUCAAUCAUAUCAAGUUGGUUAUAACUAGGAAUCUGUCUAAUUAAUCUGAUUUUUUUUUACUAUAAUUAGUGUAAUGAUUAUUGUAAUUUUGGUAGAUUAAAUGGAUCCCACCAAUAAUACAAAUAUUUCUGUCAAAGUUUGAGUUUCCUUAAUUAGGUAUGGCUAGACUUGGGGUGCGCUCAUGGUUUUUGAUUAAAGUUUGGAAUUUUAUGAAUAAAAAUUGCAUGAAAAUAAUAUACAAUCCAAUAUAUGUCUGGUAUUUCCCUAUAUUUGUAGAAAUAAACAAGUGGUGUCACAAAACUCCUAAUUUUUGGUUUAUGUCAAAACCAGUCCAACUUUAUGGUUUAAUGACCAUAUUCUUUUCUUAAUUUGAGGAUUAAUUUCAUAAUCAUUUUUAUAUAGCAAAAAAUUGGAAAAAAAUGUACGGAAACUUGUAAUAUAUGUGUAGCUAGUUAAUUAUCUCCUUUGAAGAAGAGCUACAAUUCUUUUUGCAACUCUGCUUCAAUAGUUGCAGGUCUGUGGAUAUAUUAUAUUUAACAGCAAAGAGUUCAGCAGUUGUACUUAUAAGAUGAUGAGAAACAAGCUGAACAAGGUGUACAAUGCAAUGGGGAUUUUCAAACAUCCUUCAAGUCCACAAACUUUAGGAUUUGCAUCGAAUGUACGGAGCGAAAGGAGUAGCAUUGUGAGACCCGAACCAUGUGAACAGAAACUAACAGUGCCAAAUGCUGAAUAUGCAGCUUAUGAAGAGUGGUUGAGUGAUCAUCCCUCGGCAUUGGUCUCAUUUGAGGAGAUGAUGACCUCAGCAAAGGGUAAGAAGAUAGUCAUGUUUCUAGAUUAUGAUGGUACACUCUCCCCUAUAGUAGAUGAUCCUGAGUUAGCCUUCAUGUCAGAUAAGAUGAGAUCAGCAGUACGUGAAGUUGCAGGGUGUUUUCCAACAGCAAUAAUCAGUGGAAGAAGUCGAGAUAAGGUGCAUAAUUUUGUUAAGUUGAAUGAAGUGUAUUAUGCUGGAAGUCAUGGUAUGGAUAUUAUGGCUCCACCAAGGAAGCAUAAAUCUGGUGAUUUCAAGUACCAAACUCCAUCUGUUGGUGAAAAGGGUAAUUCUGCAAUUUUUCAACCUGCUCAAGAAUUCUUGCCUGAAAUUGAAAAGAUAUUUGAUGAGCUAGAAAAGGCAACAAAGGUGUUCAAAGGAGUUACUGUGGAAGACAAUAGAUUUUGCAUAUCUGUUCAUUAUCGUAGAGCUGAAGAGAAGGUUCAUUCUGACGUGAAACGGAUUGUGAAGUCAGUUGUGGAUAAACACAGUCGUUUUCAUAAAACUGAAGGCAAAAAGGUUUGGGAGGUACGGCCAUCUAUAAAAUGGAACAAAGGUAAUGCCUUAGAAUAUCUCCUCAACACUCUUGGGUUUGAUGAAUCAAGUGAUGUUCUUCCCAUCUACAUUGGAGAUGACAGAACAGAUGAAGAUGCCUUUGAGGUUUUACAGAAAAGAGGGCAAGGAUUUUCAAUCCUAGUAUCUCAAAAACCAAAGGAAACAAGAGCAUCCUACUCACUGCGAGAUCCCUCUGAAGUACUCACAUUCCUGUUAAGAUUAGCAAAAUGGAGACAGGAUUCUUGAAGAAGAAGAAGAAGAAGAAGAAGAAGUAGUAAGUAAAAAAGGCAGCCACUUGAGCCAGUGUAUUUUUUUGGUGACUGUGCACCAAGUGAGCUUUUAAUGGAAGUACAUGUUAGUUUGUUUGUACAUAGCUGCAAGUUUAUAUAGAGUACUUAGUAGCAUAGAGGAGGAAGAGGGGGGUUAUUAAUUAGUCGGAUGUUUUGAGAUUUUGCUGACAAAUUUGCAAAAAAAACUAUGUUUUCUUGGCAAACAUUGACCAGAAUUUUCUUGGACUAUGGUCAUGUAUAUUGCAAAGUUUUGAUCAGUAAGAUUAUAUAGUUUGAUGCCUGAA